AUGCAAGGCUACCAGACUACCACUGGAGUGUGCAAUGCAGAUUCAGAUCUGGCAAAUGAAGAAGGGAGUCUGAAUCAGCUAGGUGGUGUUUUUGUGAACGGUCGUCCUCUUCCCGUUUAUAAACGGAGGUUGAUGGUUGAGCUCGCCACAGAAGGCGUACGACCCUGUGAGAUCUCCAGAAUACUGAAGGUUUCCAAUGGCUGUGUUAGUAAGAUUUUGGGCAGGUUUCAGCGCACAGGGGUAAUUUGUCCUAAAGCUACUGGAGGCAGCAGACCAAGACUCCUAACUCCUGAAGUCAUCUCCAUCAUAGCGCAGUACAAACGACAGAAGCCCACACUGUUCGCCUGGGAAAUCCGACAAAAACUGGCAGCAGAUCGAGUCUGCAGAGAAGAUAAGGUCCCCAGCGUGUCCUCAAUAAACCGUAUUCUUAAGAAGAUACAGCAAGAUGUGGACAUUGUGGGUGGUGCAUAUUCAAGUGUACAACACAGCCACCCAGAUGUGAGAGUAUGUGAACAAAUUAAUGUGCAGGCAAGGAGUUUAGAGACAACAGAUCAGAUGAAUCAACAACAAUCAGACAUGAACCACCAUGGUAAUCGCAGCAGAAUCGCUUUCACUUCAGAUCAAUGCCAGAGGUUAGAGAAAGAGUUCAUCCAUGAGCUUUAUCCAGACCUGCUUACCAAAGAAAAGCUGUCUGAGGAGAUUCAUCUUCCACAGGAUGCUAUAAAGGUUUGGUUCUCCAAUCGCAGAGCAAAAAUGAGAAGAGAACAAAGGGAGUCACUGGGUAUGACCAGGCCAAGGCUUCUGGGAGGCACAAAUGCUUUGAUGUCUUUGUCAGAGACUCCAGAAAGCCCACUUGACAGCUAUUUAAAUAACAACAGCGCAGUGACUUAUCACAGACAAUCCACUUUUCCAAUGGCCCAUCACAUCGACAAAAACACCUUCCCAUUGGCUCAUUUGACCACAAAUGCAUUCCCGUUAGAUAAUCACACAGAGGCUUAUGUGCCGCUAUCUCACCACGCAAACCAGGACCUUGCGUACCGAUUGGUUCCCUCGAACACGGACGAAAGAAUCUUCAUGGCUAAUUGCUCUCAGUGGGCUUCUCAUCAAACUUUGAUUGGACAAAAUGUUUCCAUGUUUUGAGGUUUGCAGGACCAAAAUGCAACGACAUGAUGUGGAUGUUGUGGACAGUAGAUGGCAGCAAAGGAAAAAAAAUAAUGGCAUAUUGAUGUGGAACAUGUCCAUCGGUGGUUCUCAAUCUUUUUGGCAUGCAGCCUCCUUUCCCGGCCCCCCCAAAGAAAAUGCAUCCAUUGAAACACUCUCAAACUUAGAAUUUGAAUUAAACAAAACAAACAUAUUUAAUUGUACAAUGUGCUAUCAGUUAGUAGCCUUAUUCAUCUGAUGUUCAAGAAUUUAUGAUAAAGUCAUAUUUUUUAUAAAAUGUUAUAAACUAGGCCUCCUGGCACCAUCUCACAAAUAAACAAAAAGCUUUAAAAAGUCAAUAAUGUUUUCAAAUUUGAUUACAUGUUUCAAGUGAAGCAUGCAAAUAAAUAAA